UGUAAAUUAGUUUCUAAUUGGUCGAGUUCAAAUUUAAACAUGUUUACAUUCAAACGCCGGUUCCCGUCUUCGUUUCAAAAGACAUUAACAGCAGCAUUUGAAUUUGCAUCAUGAUUGCCUAAACAACUAUACGUAAAGUAUUCUGUACUCUGUGGUAUCCUGCUAUCCUUCGUCUUGCGUGGAGGAAUAUUUUAUAUUUCGAUCGUAGUAUUUAAAAGUGUCAAUGCGACGUUGCACCUGAGAUUUUAAAUUGUUCACAGCAACCGAUGGCAUUUUCUUAUCGAGGCGUGAACAUGGACGUUUAUGUUGCUAAAAUUAUCGCGAUUACUCUCUCAGUUCUCGUGGCUUUGGUGGUCCUAUUUAUGUUCGUCUACAGAUAUAUCAUCAGGAAAAGGUCCGAACAACAGUCAAAAAAAGUGAACAAGCCUAAGGGAAAGGAGAAAAUAUCCCGAUAUCGACCAGCUCCUUUACGGUUAGACGAAGUUCGUUACCAUCGAGUACCAUCCCAGUUCACUCCGUUGGUUAUCACACCAACCACCCCGAAUCAGUUCACUAUUCCACCAUCAAGACAAUACCUAGAAGAUGGUAGAUCAGGGUCGUUGGUCCUCCCACCAACCCCUGAUCAUACCAAGGGUAAUUUAUCACCCAGCACAAGGCCAGGGGGCCUGCUGGGUCCGCCAAAGCUCUUGCGAGCCUUGUCUGAAGGAUGCCAUCCCUCCGCCUUUAAAUCAGAUCAUGUUCCACCCCAUGGAAAAAUCGAGUGUUUCUUAAAACACGAAGAAGAAAGUAAUCGUCUAUUUGUCCAGAUACUGGGUAAAAAAGGUCAUUCCCUGAGUUGGAUGACAGGAAUCAGCAACCCAUACAUACGUGUCACGUUGAUUUCCAGUCGUGAAUGCGAAACAGCUCUUCGUUCUUGUUCCAAGAAUCUGAACCUUCCAUCUAACCCGAGUUGUAACCUGGAUUGCAUUGAAGACGUGAACUUGCGCGAUUGCCUAUUGAAGUUCGUGGUGCUUGAUUUUGAUCGUUUUUCGCGAAGCGAGUUCGUCGCUGAGGUGCUGGUUCCAUUGGGAGAUCUAGGUGACCUGCGUGAGGGGGUAACGAUAUGUAAAGAGCUGAUGUUACAACAGAAGGUUAUGCUUGCCCCGAGAGGAUCUCUCCUGAUCUCCCUGUGCAACCAGUCUAUGGCUCAACAACUUCAAGUGAUCAUCCUGAAGGCUGAUGGAAUACCGUCAAAGAGCAGCGUAUCUUUGGCGGGAUCUGAUCUGUGUGUUAAAACAACAUUAGAGACAUCGGAAGCGUGCUACAGACGGAAGACAAAAGCCUGUCGGAAAAACAAUAGCUAUAUCUUCAACGAGAAACUGGUGUUUGAAGUGGACAGCGAGGCACUCGCGAAUGCAACGCUGACGUUUGAGGUAUCACGUGGUGACUCGAAGCUACGAUACGAGACCAAAAUUGGUGUGAUAAAACUGGGACUGGACUCUAGUCAGGCGCUGGAAAUGCGUCACUGGGAUGAAAUGCUUUCGACGCCACAAAAACAGAUCGCAGAAUGGCAUCAACUGCGUCGAUUUUGACGACAUAAAUCAUAGCCGCACCCUAAGUAAAUUUCAAUCGCCCAGCUAUCCAUGAUUAUGAUAUUUUUUCGGUCAAAAAUACUUAGAAAGUAUUCGAAAUAAAUUUCCUAUAUCGCUGA